UCAUUUAUCAUAUAAUCCAGUAAGAGAAAGAAUAUGGCAUCCAAGGUUGGGUUUCUUGGAUUUGCAGUCUUGAUCUUUGUAGUAUUAGCUGCUACCAGUAAUAAUGGAGUUUCAGCUGAUGGAUGUGAAGGUGAUCUCCUGGGACUGACUGGCCGGUGUGCUCAAUAUGUUUUGAAGAUGGGACCAAAGAUACGACCAUCUCGAGGAUGUUGUGAUGUUGUUCGGAAGGUUGAUAUCCCUUAUGUCUGUCAACAAGUUACUCCCGAGAUUGAGAAACUUGUUAGCAUUAAAAAAGUGCUUUAUGUUGCCCAGUUUUGUGGCAAGGAUGUUCCCCAUGGAGCCAAAUGUGGAAGUGUGACUACUCCUUCAGCCAUGAAAAGAAAACGAUUUACUGGUUUUUUAGGAAAGUGAAGAUAUGACCGUGCAGACAAGACUCCUCAACCUAGAAAAUUUAUUAACCUCAAACAGAUGCAUUGCACGGGAGUGCUUUGAGUUCGAGAGAUCAAUCUGUAAGACUCC